AUGACUCCAAACCUGAGGGCUGGUUUUAAGGAGAGGCAGGGUAAACGCCUUUAUGAAGCACUUUUGACUGCACCUUCGCCUGUUAAGAGGACGCGCCCAGAGGUUUCUCAUGAGGAGUCGAUCUUGGAUGCUCUUACGGCACAGGUGGCCCCUUCUAAUACUGGGGUGGCUGCUAUCUGCAACUUGAUGCGGCAGCGAAGCUCACUCUUCAAACAACUGGAGGUUGCAGAGUCUAUGAGGGCAUUUUUUACCCAACAGUUGGACAACAAUGAAGACCUCCAUGCCCAGCUUGAGCGAACACAGAGUGAUCUAGAUGGCGCUCAGAAAGCCAUCUCAGACGGGGGAAGGCUGUUGAAGGAGACAGAGGAGGAAAGAGAGGUGGCGAAGGCCAAGGCUCGCCGGAUGGGAGAGGAAAAGGAGGUCGCCGAAGCUAAGUGCAAGGACAUGGAGCAGGAAAAAGAUCAUUUGAGGAAAGAUUUAGAGGAGCUCCAGGCAGCUUCCAAUAUUCAGAAGAAGGAGCUUGAGGAGCUCCAGGCGGGGUUUGUUGCUGAGAAGGAGGAACUAAAGGAGGAUUAUCAAAAGCAAGUAGAUGAGAUGUUCUUCUUUGGUUACCAGUGCUGUAUGAGGAAGAACGACAUUACUCAUGAUAUCCCCAACUACCUUUAUGAUGAGGAAGAUGCAACUAUCAGCGGCCCCGCCCAGGAAGAUAAGGAUUCAGAUGCUAUUAGGCCCUUUGACGGGCAGUGA